GUCCCACCUCGCACUUUCGGGCGACAUAGACGUGCCUAACAGGUACUUACGACGUUGCCACGGGUGCUUAUAAGUUGCUGGAAUACGAAGAAAGAAAUGCAGGCAGCAAAUAUCAGCACCAAGAAUACUACGUGUACGAGCAUUGUAUUACGACUAGAUACGUACACAUCGUACGAGCCACAGUGGAGGCCAUUUUGCUUUCGUCGUCCCAUCAACCGAGGAUGAGGGACAAAAAUUUGUGAAACUAGGGGAGCUUCACCUUCUAUGAAGCCCAAUGAACUUGGGGUUUCCACCUUCAGGGCCGCUUCUCUCGUGUGGACAGUCAUCCAAGAGAAACUUGGCAGGCUUUGCAGAUUCAUUUGCGAAUCAGGAAAGCCAAGGAUCCGAGAAUGGGUGCAAUCCUCUGUGCCCCAUCACAUAUCACUCUUGCAAAGAGCAGAUUAUGCAGAGAGCCUUUUCCACCAUACAAGCGCGGAACACAAGUACACUCGACGGUGGGCCUCUGAUAAUAGCAAUGCCGCAUCUAUUGUCGGGAAUAGCCAGCCAAUACAAGCGCCAAGGACGAAGCUCGAAACACAGAGUAGUACAAGUGUCGCUUAGCAGUAGCCAGGGCGUCGAGAACUGCCGUCAUGCUGCCAUUAUCCCUGAUUCAACUCCAAAUGGAGCUCGGCUUUUGUCAGCCUUGGGUCACACAGAGCUUACGUCCCGCUAUAACGAUCCUCUGCCCCCCAGACUUGGCAUGGUUAAAGCAAGACGACAGAAACUGGAUGGAAGUCGUGCAACUUCGUCAGAGUUAGUCGUGCAUCCUCAAGUUAGCGUCUCCGUUCGUGCCCACAACCGAUCCCAGAGUGGGCACAAGACAACAGAUGCUACUGUAUGGAGUGCUUUGAAGCGCCUGGAUGUGUGAAAUGAAAUAUGGGACUGGUCUCGCAAGGCAGAAAUGCUUUCAUAGCUAGGACGCGCCAAGCUACCUUGGGCGAGGAGUUGCACCUGAGUUAGCCCCUCACUACCGCUUAUCUAGCCUUCCGGAUGAAGAUUGCAUUUGUGGGUUUCUAACAAGAAAUUUC